GAUACAGCUGGGACAUCAAUCACAAUAUCAUUCCAGAACUGAAACAAUUAAUUGCCUUUGAAAGACGAAAUCAUUACCAUGAGUGGGUGUCCUUUUUUAGGAAACAGUAUUGGAUAUGCUUGGAACAAGUUACACUUGGAAGACAAGGAAGAGGACAAAUCACAGGCUGGGAUUAAUAAAGCCAGUAAAGGAGGACUUGUCUAUGGAAACUACCUACAUCUGGAAAAAAUUUUGGAUGCCCAAGAACUUCAGAGUGAAAAGAAAGGGAAUAAGAUUCAUGAUGAACAUCUUUUCAUUAUCACUCAUCAAGCAUAUGAACUGUGGUUUAAGCAGAUCUUAUGGGAAUUAGAUUCUGUCCGGGAGAUUUUUCAACAGGGUCAUGUAAGAGAUGAAAGGAAUAUGCUUAAGGUUGUUACAAGAAUAUAUCGAAUUUCGGUGAUAUUGAAACUACUUGUACAACAAUUUUCAGUUUUAGAAACUAUGACGGCUUUGGACUUCAAUGACUUCAGAGAGCACUUAUCACCAGCAUCAGGUUUCCAGAGCUUACAAUUUCGCCUAUUAGAAAAUAAAAUUGGUGUUCUUCAGAGUCUGAGAGUUCCUUAUAAUAGGAGACACUAUCGGGAUAACUUCAAGGGAGUGGAUAAUGAAUUAUUGCUGACGUCUGAACAGGAGAAAACUCUCCUACAACUGGUAGAGGCAUGGCUAGAAAGAACACCAGGAUUAGAAACUGAUGGAUUUAAUUUUUGGGAAAAAUUGGAAAAGAAUAUCAUAAAAGGCCUGGAAGAGGAAUUCAUAAUGAUUCAGACCAAAGAAGAAUCAGAGGAAAAAGAUGAACAGCUAGCUGAACUCCAAAAACAAAAAGAGGUGCUGAUGUCAUUAUUUGAUGAGAAACGACAUGAGCAUCUUCUUAGCAAAGGUGAAAGACGGCUGUCAUACAAAGCUCUACAGGGAGCAUUGAUGAUAUAUUUUUACAGGGAAGAACCCAGAUUUCAGGUUCCCUUUCAACUGCUAACCUCUCUUAUGGACAUUGAUACCCUCAUGACCAAAUGGAGAUAUAAUCACGUGUGUUUAGUACACAGAAUGCUUGGCAGCAAGGCUGGCACUGGUGGAUCCUCAGGUUACCAGUAUUUACGCUCAACAGUGGGUGACAGGUACAAAGUAUUCGUAGACCUGUUUAACCUCUCAACAUACUUGGUACCAAGACACUGGAUACCCAAGAUGAACCCGGUCAUUCACAAAUUCCUUUACAUGGCUGAAUACUGUGACAGCUCUUACUUCAGCAGUGAUGAUUCAGAGGAUUAAAGCCAACUUGGAGAGCACAUCAAUAAGCCACUUUGCAGCCAGGAAGGCACAAACAGAUCUAAUGUACCAUAUGUAUAUAUUUAAGCACUUCAAUGUCACAUUCAAAGCUUUCUGAUUAGUUUCUUCAUCUAUAAAAUGAGGCCACUGGAAAAGACUCUCUCUCUAAGGUCCUUUUCAGCUCUAAACCAAAGUGAAUACACUGGGGAAAUACUUGUUACUUUGGUUUUGUGAUGAUUUAAUGAAGAUGCUUGUUGAUUUAGCUACCAGACCUUAGAAAACAGCCAGCUCAUCAUCCUCAUCUGCAAGAUUAGGAAACUCAGAUCUACAGAGUUUGUGAUCUGUUUGGGGAUCCUGGGGGCCAGGAACAAGAUUUGGAUGUAGGCUACAAAGUCAGCAUUAUUUCCACUAUUCUUUGAGAUCACAACAAAAUCAGCUAACAUAUAGCAUUGUAUACAUGCAAAUGUAUAAAAUAUCUACGAUUUCAUCAAUAUAAGGCACUGCUGCUAUAGAAAACUCUCUCCAUCCAUAGAGAUUACAACCAUUUUAUAGCAAUAAAUGUCUACACUGGGAUUUUUUUUAAUAUUAAGAAAAGAUUCAAAUAGAACACAGUGCUCAUUAGGGUGUAAAUAUUUUAUCGUUGCUUAAAUCCUUUUGUAAAUUGGAAAACUUCAUGUACUAUUUCAAAUCAUUUUUGUAUCUUUGUAUUGUAUCUGAUUCUUCAUACAUAUAAAGUCCCAGAAUUGACCAUAAUAAAAAUAAUUAAAAAAAACUCCCUCUUUACUCUGUUUUUGUUUUCCGGGGGUAUAAUAAUGCUUAGGAAAAGUGAUAACUUAGGAGUGUUGGACUAGAAACAGACAUUCUUUUAUUAUCUCAAGCAGUGCUAAGUUAUCAGCCCAGAUCAAUGCAUUUAUGACCAUAGGAAUGUUAUAUAGGUAUGUUCACCAAGAAAAUAUGACAGUGUACAGCAACCCUGACCUAUGGUGAUAACCUUUCUGUUUCAGAAGGUAAAUACAAAUAAAUAGCUAGUGUGCAUGCUUAAUCAAUAUCUUUCCUCAGGUAUACAGUUCUGUCUGUAGUUUCUUUUUCUCAUAUUGAAACAAAUCUAUUUAGAGAGCAAUUUCCAACUUCUGAGCCCUAUGGAAGGGAUAGGAUAAUCAAAAGUGAUCUUUCUAUUCAGAUUUGAAUUCAUAGAUAAGCAAACAUAUCUUCUGGAAAAUGAGUAAACAGCAU